UCAUAAGAACUCACCCUUCGCUAACCUACUGAGGGAAACCAUACUGCAUGCGAGUCUGCAUGGGGGAUCGUACUAGUCUAAGCCGAUGCUUGGACAUUUAACACUCGAUGCCACUCCCUAGAUAGUACGCUCCCCUCCAGUGAUCCCGUCUCCCCAUACGCCACCUUUCAAGAUGUCCCCACUCGUGCCCAAGCUCUCCCUUCUCUGGCGUCCCUCUCGCAGUAACGCUGGGAGCACAGCCAAGUCGUCGCGCGCUACCGACAGAUCGGUGCCUCCCAAGACAGAAGUAGCUCGUAGCUCGACUCUCCCGGCUUCGUUGCAACACUGGAAACUGUCCGCAACUACGCCAGAAACUGCAGUGGAGUCGGUAGCAGCAGCGGACACUCAGCCACGAGUGCUACACGAGCAGUGUCGGCGUAGUGACACGAGGGAGAGCCCCGUCGUGCCCAUGCCGCACGAGAUCAGCGACGUCAUUCGCGGCGGAAACGGUUACAGCAUGGCACGCUUCGCUCAAGGCAUUUUCAGGGGAUGCAGCGUUACCAGAAGCGGCCGCACUCUUAGCAACGAUAGUAUCGGAUCCCUACCCUUGGCAGUAAAAUGCACGGCACACGAGGAAUCCGCGCCCGACAGCGCGACAGCAGCAGCGCCGUGCAAUCCGGGGUGUGAUCCCGAUUGCACCGAUCUUGAGUCCCCGUACCCCGCCACCAUUAUUCACCACAGCAGCACCAGCAGCAGCAGUUCCCCCGGCACUGGCGCCUGCAACGCCGCCGUCGCGUUCCGUAGCAUCCCGGCCGACGGUGGCAGUGGCGGCGAUGGGCCGCCAAUGUCGACGUCGCUAGACAUGACGACCGGCGGUGCCGACGGUGCCGACGAUGGCGGUUUCCUGUCUCCGCCGUCAGCCAUGGCGCCGACGAACACCGCCCCUACCGACGGCACCGCGAGUGGCCAUGGCUCCGCCAUCGCCCACACACCCCGCGGCUCCCUGCGCGUAUCGUUCGCGCCGUUGCGCGCGAAUGACGACUUGGGUGCUAGGCGCGCCGAUGCUGAGGUGGGGGGCGAAGCGGGGAGAGGCGGAAGGCGCAUGAGCGCAGCGGCGAGAGCGGAGGAGGGGGAGACAACGGCUGGUUCGGAGGGAGUAGCACGGGAAGCAGCAGAGCAACCGCCAGGCCCGCAGGGCAAAUCCGCGCCUUCCACGUCAUCACGCCAAGGAAACAAGGAGGGGGGUCGGGCGGUUGUAGGGAAGCAGCGCAAGGGCCGGCGGUUUGAGCAAAUGGUGGUGAUCAUUCCGGGCCGGGAAGAAGUGAAUGCUCCCCCUGGCGCUACGACGGCGACCAGUGGGAAAAAAACGGGUGGCGUGGGUGCCGAAACAGGUGGGCCGGGUAGUAAGGAGCGAGGAAUGAGGGACGCUCCCGGUGCAGGCAGAGGAGAUGGAGGGGGGGGAGGUAGGAGUGGAAGGGGAGGAGGAGAGAGUAUGCGUAGCGAGAGUCCUAGCUCGUUUUCCUUCGACGUUGGGGAUGACAAUAACGGUCCCAGUUUUGAGCGCAACAUGACGUGGACUGCUGGCGGAAGCAGAGGCGGGGAAAAGGGCGGGAAAAGCGGGCAGGGAGAAAGCUCGUUCCCGCGGAGAGCAACAGUGCACAGAAGGGAAGAGUGGGAAACGGAGGGGCAGCGGGAGGAAGACGGCGGGGAGUGGGAGGUUGUGGAGGAGAGGAGCAGGAGCAGCAGGGCGGCAGAACCAGAGCCGCGCUUGGACAAGGCCAAGACGCUGUCAGGACCGCUCAGCCGACCACGCCGAGCACCAGGGGCGAGCGCUCCCAGAGGCGCGGGAGAAGCAAGGGGCCGCGCCGUGCCGCUAGCGCCCACCCCCCGCUCCACCAGAGGGCUCCCCACUCCGCGUUCCCGUCAAGACGUGAGUCCGCCAUGGGCGCUCAAGAGCCCGCACGCCUCGCGCUCCUUCACUGAUCGCCCCGGUCCUAGCCCCGUGCGCGCGUGCUCGUCGCCGCGCUCCCGCUCCUUCAAGGACCCGCCCAGAAGAGGCGCGCCCGCUGCCAUCCCCCCUUCCCCGCGCGCACCUCGGGGCGCCGCGCCAGGUGCGCCCAGCAGCGCGUUGUCCCCGCGGUCGACUUCCUCCUGGACCUCCCCCUUGCCUGCGCCUCCGCCGCGUGAUGCGCCGCUUACUGCCACGACGCCCCGCUCCGCGCGAGCAGGUAGAGCAGGAGGGAAGGCGGCAGCUGCGGGCAACGGUGGGGGGAAUGCGGGGUCGCGGAAGCAGCAGAAAGAGGCGGAGCAGAGGGAGAGGCGGAGAGAGGAGAAGGAGGGGAAGGGGGAGCAGAAGAUGGCGCAGGCGAUGAGGAUCAUGGAGAAGCUCAGGAGUGAGGCGCGGGGAGACGAGGACGAGGACGAGGGGGAGGGGGAGGAGGAGAAGGGGGAAACGUGGGAGGUGAGGUCCGUGGGCAGUUGGGUGAGCAGAGGCACGGCAGGGCAGAGGGAGAUGCAGCGUCAGGCACUGCCACAGCAGCUGCAAUCUCUGCAGACACUGCAGGAGCAGCAGACUCAGUCACUCAUGCAAGCACAACCACAGGUGCAAUAUACGCCGCAGGCAGAGCAGCAGGCGCCAGUGGUUCAGUUCCCUGCACAGCUGAUGCAGCAGCAGACGCUCCAGUCACAUGCCCUGCAGCAGCUGCAGCUGCAGCAGCAGCAGCUGUCACAGCUGCAGGCGCAGAUACAGCAGCAGAUGCAGCUGAACGCACAAGUACAGGCACAGGCACAAGCACAGGUACAGGUUCAGGCACAUAUGCAGGCGCACGGACUUACUCCGGGGCAAGCACUGCCUGUGGUGUUCGCUGCUAAUGCCCUGCCCUUGCCAAACCCUGUCCUCCCCACGCUCUCCGUUCCCCCCUUGGAGCAGCCAUAUCAGCUGCAGCCCGCCCUUCCCCCUGUACCAGCAGCAGCAGAAGGAGAGUUUCUUAGCACAGGACCAGCCGCAGCACGGGCUCUGGCAGCAGGAGCAGCAGUGGCAGGAGCGCGGGUGGCAGCAGGCAUGAGCCACGUUGCUCAGAGCAGCACGAGUGGGGCCCCUGUGGCACAGCCAUUCCAAGGCGUCCUGGCCCCGGGCUCUGAUACACCCCCUCCUGCCCUCUUCUCUCACCCGCUGCAGCAGCAGCGCCAGCCGUGUCUUCGCUGGCAUCAGCCUCAGGCCAUGCUGCAGAGCAGAGGCAGUGAUGCAAGCGCGGCAGACAGAGAUGGUGGGCGGGGAGGAGGAGGAGGAGGAUCUGGCAGGUCAACGCGGGGCAAGAGACCACUGCGCCGCGCCCAGUCGUAUGAGACAGGGUACAGGGUUGUGACGGAUCGAGGAGGGGCGAGAGGUGUGGGCAGAGACCAUGGUGGUGGCAGAGUAGGGGGAGGAGCAGGGGGAGGAGGGACCGCUCUCGUGUCUCCUUGCAGCGAUGGGGUGAUAUAUGCACAUGCACAGGGGUAUGCAUCUGCCCAUGCCCCUGAGCUGGCUCGGUUUCCGUCGCCCCAUGGAUCGCAGUAUGGGUGGUCAGAGCGAGGCAGCAUGGGGUGGGGCAGCAUGCAAGGGCAGGGGGGGGGCUCAGCCGGCACGCGAGGUGAAGCAAGCGAGAAGCCAGGGGGAGAAGGGCUGCAGUGGCGGCAUGAUGGGGAGGCAGGGCGAGAGGGGGAGGAGGAGGCGGAGGAGGAGGGGGAGUGGGAGGUGGUGGAAGUUGGAGGCGGGACCCUGGGGACUGGGAGAAACGUUCGAGGGGCGAAUGACAUGCAUAGGGGACAGGGCAUGCAUGGGGGACAGGACAUGCAUGGGGGACAGGACAUGCAUGGGGGACAGGCCAUGCAUGGUCGAAGAACAGGCAGCAACAGGAAUAGAAGCGGUUCAGACUGGUGCUACAUGGCCCAAGUUCCGCUGGAAGCAGGGAGAGGGGAGCAGAUGGGGGAUUGGGACGCGGGGACGUAUGUGGAGGAGGAGCAGGGCGGGUUGGAGCUAUACUGUAGCAGCAACGAGGGGUCUGGCGACCUGUAUGGCGAAGACAAGGAGCAGUGCAGAGAGGAGGAGGAUAGGUAUGUGGAAGAGGUUGGGGAGAGGUGGGGAGUGGAGGGGGAGGGGGAAGCAGCGGAUAUGGAUGAGGAUGAUGGGGAGGUUGCAGUGGCUCAAGCAGUGACCAUGCAUGUGGGGCAGCGGGCACAGGGAUGGGGUGGCAGGGGAGAUGGUGGGUGGGAGGGUAGGAGUGAUGAUGAUGACUAUGAUGAUGAGGACGGGGAGUAGAGUGGAGGGCCUGCCAUGCAUGUGUCUGAGACAUACGGUGUAUGGCAUGGGAGCGGUGUCACUGUACUGUACUGUAGGCAUGGGGGCGGUGUCAGUGAGAGCACGCUGGUACUUGCAUGCUGCUGGCCUUCAAAUCGCAUGGGCCAUUUGUUGGCACAGCUGCAGGUGUUUUCAUGCUUACAUCUGAGCAACUGUUCUUUAAUAAUUUAAUAACCCAAAUCGGCAAGA